CUACAUAAUUUAAAUUUUUUUAAUACUCGUUCAAGUUUGAUCUUCAAUUCCACCAUGUUUAAGAAAGAAGAUUAUACAUCACAAUACGGAUCGAAAGAAUUUUGGAAUGAAAUAUAUACUAAAGAGUUGGAAAUCUUUACUGAUUCUGAUGUAACACCUAAAAAGGAUGGUGUACAGAAAUAUAUUAUCAACUGGCUGUUACACCAAUAUAAAAAUAACCGAGAUAUUCAUAUAAUUGAUCUUGGUUGUGGUGCUGGCGCAUUCUUAUUUGAUUUGGCGAUUAAUGGAUUUGGUACAUUAAUUGGUAUUGAUUAUUCACGAAAUGCAGUUGCGUUAACAAACUCUGUUAUUCAAAAGAAAAGUUAUGAUAUGUAUUGCAUUGAGUUGGACUUAACAAAUGUGAUGGAAUGCAAAAGGCUUGGUAUAUUCGAUAUCGUUCACGAUAAAGGAACAUUUGAUGACAUUUCUCAAAGAACAGAAAACACUAAAGAAAUGCAACGUAUGUAUUUGAAGACGGUACGUAAUCUCAUGAGUAAAGAAAGCAUUUUCAUUAUAACAUCUUUUUGUUGGACUGAGGAUGAACUAGUGCAAUUAUUAUCCAAACAAUUUGUUAAGGAUUGUAAAAUUCCAAUAACAGGAAAGUUUUCUAAGGAUAUUAAUAAACUAGUUACAAUACUGGUUUUUAGGGUGAAGUAAGACAUGUUAAUGAAGAAUUUUAUUGAAGAAAUUUUUAUUUUGAGAAGAAUAUUUAAUUGCACUUCUAACAGCAUAAAAUAAU